CUUCCGGCCUAUACUAAAAGAGGUGACUUCACGGUAGGUCAUUAAAACCAGUACAGUGGUAUAUCUGAUCUGUGCCUGAUGUGAUUACCGAUUAGCGCAGCUAUAGCCUUUUAACAACGCUCACCUUAGCAGAAAUCCGAGUUCAACAAAGACAAAAUGUUCUUCCUGCUUUUCAUUCAGUGUCUUGGCCUCCUUUACAUGAUGCAAUCACCUUGUACAGGUAUGUUAUGCUUAUAAUUUGGUCUCACAAAAUGAUGUGGCGGCAAUAUGCAUAUUUGUAGACUAAGUAACAAGGUUGAUACGAUCGCUUCCAUUAAACUAUCACUAAAAUUAAAAGCUAGGCUAGCUAUAAGAAUCAUAAUUUGGCCGUAACGGCGAUGGCUGAGGCAUUUUCCAGAUAUGACUCAAUAUUUUCAGAACUUUAGACUUUGCAUGAUUCGGCAAGGUUGUUUUGUUUAUGGCUGAUCUAGGGAGUCACGCAUGAUCAGUAUUUGAAGGAUUUGAGUCAAUCAGUGGAAUUACAAUCUGGUAAUCGGUUAAAAAACUUUGAACAAAUAAAGGCAAAAAAGAGAAUCUUGGUACUGAGAAGUACAUACAAAUCAUCGGAUUUUUGCUUUUCAGUCUUUUGAAGGCAAGACGAACAUUAUCGGUGCAUAAUCACUGUUUUGUCACCAAGUUUAUUAAACAGUCAGUAGAAGAAAGCCUGAGAAUAACUUGAUUUACCAACAUAAUACCAUUUAACGCAACUCCAUUGACUUUUCCUCUCUCUUCCCCUUCAAUGUUAAGACUUUCAUUUACUUUCAAAUGAGUAUAUUUGAAUCCACAUAUAUCGAUAUCAAAGAGAGGGUAAGGUGAUGAGUGUUUCAGCAAAUACGACAAGGCUGUGGGUCACGUAUUUAAUUACCAUCAAUAUAAGCAAAAUGAGGUUAAUUCUGUAAGGGAAUGUUGUGCAAAAAAUAAUAAUGAACAGAAGUGCCGUCUUAGUGAUAUUGAUUCCUCUCCAAACGUUUCGGAGCUGGCCCUUAAUCAGUGGAGUUCCAAGUACGUUGGAAUCGUUGCAAGAUUUGCAUACGCCACGAAAUAGAUUUUUUUUCCUUCAUUUGUUUGAGGUUAGUUCUGUUGGCUUCGAACAUCAAAGUGUAUCGCAUUGCUAUGAGUGUAAUAAGCAGUCAUUCUUUAUUAUCGAGGCAAAUAUUGCUAUGGCCACCGUUCGACGAGAUUGAAAAUAACAAUUGUUUCAAGAUAUACCCGGCACGAAGUGAUCUCAAAAAAUCAGAAAGAAAACCAUUAAAACACGAUUAUUUUGAAUUUUUGAUUGACCGUUCAAUUAAUGCGUGGAAAGCGUUUAUGUUGCCGUAAACAGCAAGCUGGCAUGUGCAAAAGUUAGAUAUCUUUACAGAAUUUUCAAACAUGGUAAUGACAGUUUCAAUCCUUUCGUCAACUGCGUCAAAGAAUCGUAAACGAAUCAUCAAAACUUUUAAUUGCUGCCCAUGCCAUCUGAGGUGAAAUGCAGAGCUUUAUUUGCUUCUGUCAAUUUACUGGUUUCGGUUUGUGUUGUUCUCGUGCUGAAUUGCCUGCGACUAAAAUAUUGUGGCUGCGGCACGCGAAAGGAGACGUAAAAACGAGGGGCGGGAAUAGAGAGCUUGCAACGAUCAAGAUCAAGUUUUGUUUCCACCCAGGAAACCGCAGGAAGCCGCAAAGCGUAAAAAAAUUUAUUCUAUUCAUCUCAUGCUCCAACUGUUACGCCUUCGUUCCAAACAGAGCAAUUUUGUACAAAAACAUAAGGUUACCUAUCGAUACUAGAGGGUGACAAUAGACUAUUUCAGACCAAGAGAGACAUGCAAUACGCUCAACUCUAUCUUAACGAACACCUCUAUAAGACGGACACGUAAAGGUGGUGCCCACUGUUCCCUGCCUUUAAUCCCGUUAAUUGAAUCUCCCUAUUAUAUAAACGGUCAUCAAGUCGCUUAAACGGACGCAUAUUGCCGGUCCCACAGAUCUCCGACCAAGGGAGCUCUUUAACUCAACAAAGUACAGCAAACGAGAUCAGAUUUAGUAGUAUAGUUUUUUUCUAUUACUAAUUACGAAUGGAACCGGCGUCUCUCCUCGCUCCUAGCCGCUAGCAACACCGCAAUCCCUUCUUUUGCCAGUUACCCGAGCUCCUAAUUGUACCGUCAAUUACGACCAGACGGCACAAAAUUAUCGCUCACAGAAGGAAAGAGAGAUUUUCUUUCUCGCUCAGUUUCUUCUUUCUCUGAUUAAGUUUUGUGCCAGUGGUCAUACUGACUCCCCAACUUCUCCGCUUUUUUCCAAUUCAAAAUGGCGGUUCCCACGUGGCAGUACCUUGCGACAAGAGAGAAUGAGCUCAUGGCUGGGUAAGAGUCAGUAAUAUGGGAUAAACAACACAAGACCCACAUAAUCAGAAAGAGCAUAUUGAGGUUUGGAAAACUGUUAAAUCUGGUAACAAUCGCGCUGAUACUGAACAAGAUACAGCCAUUUAAAAGCUUGAAAAUUUUUUAAGAGAUAUAUGGGAGAAACCGUUGGGAUGUUUAUAUAUUUCUUUUUAAAUUUUCAAGGUUUUGAAUGGCUGUGUAUGUCGUUCAAUAUAGGCCCCAUAAACACCGAACUUGAGAAUGCUUCUAAGCAGAAUGGCUCUUUCCGACUAGGUGGGUCUCGUAUGGUUUAUUCCAAAAUAAAUGGACGCAGCCCAGCCCCUCUCGGUUUGAAAUUAGGCAGCUGGGGUAGAUUUCCACUGUCGCGAAAUUUUACGCCGUAAAUUUUACGGGCGAAUAUAUAAUAGAGGCAAUGUAUGAAAGGUCGAACGUAAACGUGAGUUGGGCGAGAUUCAACUUUUACGAUAACGCUCGACCUUCCAAACAUUGCCUCUAUUUUAUUCAGGCGGGUAAAAUUUACCUGUGUACGCACGUGAAAAUUACGCGACAGUAGAAAUCCACCCUUAGGGACUUCAAAGACCCAACAACCCGAUGACGACGAGAAAAACGUCAAAACACAAACAAAGCAAAACAAAACAAUAGGUUUAAUAAGUAAAACAAUGACUUUGGACGUGGGUCACACAUUUUUGUACAUUUCUGCAACACUAAUAGACACUCCAAAUCAGUUGUUUCUGUGUGUUGAACAUUUCUAUUUUUAGAGGCCGAUUAUCAGCAAACUAAUAAGUGGUACAAAGACGGUGUUCAGCUACUAAAGAACAAUUUAAAAGUGGAGCCAAACAAGGCCACAGCUAAAAACACGAUACUUUUUAUCGGAGAUGGUAUGGGUAUUACCUCUAUUACAGCCGCACGUAUCUUGGAAGGACAGAUGGAACGCGGAUACGGAGAGGAUCACGUGCUCAGCUGGGAGAAGUUUCCUUGGUCUGCCCAGUCGAAGACUUAUAAUGUGAAUUCACAGAGUGCUGACUCGGGUGCUUGCGCAACUGCAUUUUUGUGUGGUGUAAAGACAAAUCAAGGUGAGCAUAAAUACAACUAUAGUCUCGGGAGGGCGGGGCAACUCCUGCUUUUAAGUUACGGGGACGAUCGAGGGAUUUUGGCGGGAGGGGGGGGGGGAAAGAAAUUUUCUAUUCCAGGAUUUUUUUGGGUAGGAAAGUCUGGCAAGUAUUUUUUCCGGUGGCCUGAUUUAAGUAGGGUAAGGCCCGCGAGACAACUUCAGAUAGUAUUGAUGAAGACACAAACGCAAACAAUCAAGUCCAAUUUUUUUUUAUUUUUAUCUGUGAAAGGUUUGAACCCAGGAGUCAUUUCAAAAGUAGGUUGAGUUUGAUUGUCCGGGUGAACGUAGAUCCUGAAUAGGACUGUUGUUGUUGACAGUGACUGACGUUUCGACAACCUGUGCGGUAGUCAUCUUCAUGACUUUGACUCUAAAGAUGACUACCGCACAAGUUAUCGAAACGCCAGUCACUGUCAACGACAACAGUCCUAUUCAGGACUACGUUCACCCGGACGAUCAAACUCAACCUAUUUUUAUUAUGUUUCGUGUUAUAUUAUUUAAUGCCCUGUGGAAAUUUUUAGGGCUCGAAAAUUCGGCAUGGAAAUUUUUUGGAGAUAAUGUUUUGUCCAAGGAUUUUUCUGGUUUUGAUUUUUGCCCCCAUUCGAUCAUCCGCGUCACUUGUAAUCCAGAGUAUCCGCCCCCCGGCUUCCCCUGGGACUGUAGUUCAGAAUACCAAUGACUUUUUUCGUUAUUAUUCAGAAUUGAUAGAAUUGAGAAUUCGGAUUGGCCUUUGAAGGUGGAAUGACGAGAUCGACAAGCUAAGAGUGAACUAGGCUCUAGCAAUGCUUACAAGCGCCAUAAUAUGCUGCUUAUAAAAGCGGGAGACAACCUAUAAUAUAAGAUGAAGACGUAAACUAAAUGCCUCAUGGGAGUUACCAACUGAAAGCAAAUCGUGUCUAUCACACCCAUGCAUCCAGACAUGCCUUAUUUGAUCCAAAUCACGCUAAAUGCUACUCUUCUAAUUUCAAUUUUAAUUUACCUCAUGGUGAAAUUUCCUUUUAGAUUAUCGCAAUUUUGGUGAAGCGUUUUAAGGUAUACACGUCAGUAAAAUUAGGGACCAAAGUAUUUCAUUGAAAGCAAUUAUGCAAAGUAUUUAUAUUACUAAACCCUCUUACUGGAUGUAGUUGUUAUUAUCCGUAACUGAAAAUAUUUAAUCAAGAAAGCUUUACAUUAUAAACUCUAACUUAUACGCUUUAAGUUUUCACAAAAAAUUAUCGUCUUUUCAUGAACAUAAUCGGAAUAUUUGAUUUUAGUUAGAGAUCACUAACAAACUAUUGAAAAGAAGUCUUCAAAAGUGCGCCCCAAUUCAGCUGCCUAUCCUAACAGUGGAAAGCGCUUGGUAAUCAGUUCUUUUUUUGUUGUUGUUUAACAUAAAAUUUAAAAAAAUAAUAAAAUUCAUUUUCAGAAUUGAUUGGUAUCGAUGAGAGAGGAAAGUGGAAAGACUGUGCCGGCCUAACAGAGGAUAAAAAGCUAGUUUCCAUCCUCACACUGGCAGAAAAAGCUAAGAUGUCAACAGGGUUCGUAACAACCGCUCGUCUUACACAUUCGACUGUAGCGGCCCUUUAUUCACACUCUGUCAGCGGAGCCUGGGAGAGUGACAAAGAUAAGUUAGAUGAUGCAAAGGACGGCGCUACAAACUGCCCGGACAUUGGUAAGAACUAUAAUAAUUGUCCAGUGAUCUUCUUUAAUUAUUUAAGAAUUUCAGUAACAAUUCUUGAGGAGAACACAAGGUAAUUUCUUACCUGGUUUCCAUAAUCUUCUGGGUCGUUUUGAUCGUGCGAGUCGUCCCAGGUGGACGCGGUGUUCAUGUGGAACGCCAAAACUAACGACAAAACUAAACUGUUGGAACAGCUAUGAAUUAUAUUUAGGCUAUAUGGAAGCCAUUCUAUAAAAUCAAUACCAUGAUCAACUUUUCGCUUUGACCCUGAUGUUCUUUUCCCUACAGCCGAAAUUUAUUCAUUUAUUUUUUCAAAAAUUCUUAUCUUCUCUUCGUCCUUAAAAUGGUUUAUCGGCAUGACACCAAAAAAAAAUCGCGGCUUUAUAUUUUUUCGACAAAUACGAGCAAUAAUAAAUAUUCAAAAAGAAACUGUAAGCCGCCGAAAGGAAAGAAAAUGGACUUUAACAAUCGUACAAAAAAAUUGAAUAAUAGAUAAUCAUUUCAGAAAAAAGUGAAUAUCGACAUACAUUUACUUACGUAGUCAUUCUGUAGGUAAACCCAUUAUGAAACAAAUAUCUCAUCUUAGUGUUGUUUGGCGUAAAAUUGAUUUUUUUGGCUAGCAUAAGCUGGAUUAGGAGAAUUGCACCAACUAUAUUUGAUGUGAAGAGAACCUUUUUCCCUCCGACAUAAGUUUAAUGCACCUUCACCGGGCUUGCAAGCACAUAUAUAUCAUAUAGGUUAUAAACGGAAGAAAAAAGAACUGUUAAGCUAAACCAAACCUGACAACCACAGAACAAAAAAUAAAGACUAUAGAAAGAACAACAACAAACAAACAAGCCAAGAAAAGACGUUGCAGCUGAUCUAUAACAUCCUCUUUUUCCAAAGCGCUCUUUUUAAUCCUUUUAUGUUUUUGUCUUUCUUUAAUCAGCCCAGCAACUUGUAGAUUACCUCCAUGGCAAUGGACUGGAAGUUGUAUUCGCGGGCGGACGGGAGAAAAUGAUGUCUCGAAACGACACAGACCCUGAAUACCCGAAGGAAACUGGAGAGAGAUUAGAUGGAAGAAAUCUUAUCAAUGAAUGGGUCAACAAGCACUCUAACUCCCUUUAUAUUUGGAACAAGACAGCAUUUGACCAGAUUGACGUGGAAAAGAUUGACCAUGUGAUGGGUAAGGUUUCUCUACGUCACUGUAUAUCAAUAAUCAUUUAAGAGCGAUCAUUAUGUUUCUGAUUUCUGCCUUCCCCAGUUCGCAUGGUUUUCCAAGCAUGAUGACGCUGCAAUACGGUCGUAAUCUGGAAAUUUUAUUUUAUAACUUUACCACCUUUUUUUUGGGGGGGGGGAGAAAAUGGGUAAACCCACAAUUUACAAUUUUUAUGUUGCUUAUUACCUUUAAGGUCUAUUUGAGCCAAGUCACAUGAAUUACGAGGUCGAUCGCGAAAAUGAUACUGCUGGAGAACCAUCCAUUGCAGAAAUGACAGAGAAAGCGAUUCAGAUACUUAGGAAAAACCCUAGAGGAUAUUUUCUUCUCGUUGAAGGUGACUAGAAGUUAUUGUAUUCAUUGUAAGUUAUUUUCGCAAUUUAACUUCUUGUUUUUUUCACUAAGGGGCUUUUACGCUUCCUUUUCACAAUGGAAUUUAAUUGCUUACUGUAAAAAUUACAAGUUAACGUCAAACUUAAAACUGUUCUACAACAAAUAUACUUAGCAAGUAUUAUAUCAAACGUUACAAACAGUAAAAAUAAACCCAUAAAUUGAAAAGGUGUUGGGCUAGUUUAGCAACAGUUCUAACUGUUAGAAUAUUCUAUUAAAGCGCUAGCAAGAUGAUUUUCGGAUGCCUGUCAUUUGUGCCUACUUCCUUUUUCUUCUUCACUACUUCUAGCCACCGGUCAAGUAGUUGUCUCGCUAAAGAAAGCUUUAACACAACUCGAACUGACGAAAACAUGCACAUCACAUUAAUAUUAUUUCCUUUCGGUGAACGUUCAUUGCAGUAUUAAGUUCAAAUCCGUAAUUUGGACGAAAUUGUAGCCGAUGUACUAGCUUGUACUGUUCAUCUGUAUUUCUUUUCAAUCCAUAUACUAAAGUUUGAUGCUCAGCUUUCAGUCAUAGAUUUCAAUAACAACAACGGCUACACGAACAGAUCGGGGGUGAUCUACCUGCGUUCAUAUUAAGAGAACGUGACUGGAAUUACUGUUAACAAUACAGUUUAUUUAUUGCCAACGAGGCAACCGAGCUAAGAAGCGAGGUUGCCUCGGCGGCAGAUUUAUAAUCCCGCACGAUGUAGGCAAAAACUCUCAAAUUCUGCGUAACCCUCUAAAAUUUGCGUUUUUGACCAUAUUUGGAUGUAAGUAAGACCCCAUAUUUGCGUAGUGACGUCAUGGUCUUGUAUUUAUAACUCGUGGUCCGAAAUUGGGUGAUUCAGUGUGCAGCUGUUUGCUGUCUGUUCAAGAGGACCUAACAGGUGAGCAAGUUCUAAUACGAUUUCUAGUUUGAAUGGGCAAUUAGUGCUCUGGUUUGCUUUAUAAAUUGUGUUUAAAGUAGCAGCUGAUCAAGGAAUAGGGUUUUACGCUCAAAUUUUUGUCAGAACCAGCUUAUUCUUUGCAGCUCGAUUUACAAUGAGGUAGCGUGUUCGCUUCUCGACUCAGAACCAGGGUUUUCCGUGUUCUCUUUUGCUUUGUGAAUUGAAUUUUAAGCGGUAGUUGAUCAAGGCAUAGGGUUAUAUUCUCAAAACUUAUAUCAGAACCAGCGUGUUCUUCACAGAUCGAUUUACAUUGAGCCAGUCCUCAACGUAUUUGCGGACCUUUUUUAGAAUUUAUUCAUGUCUUAAGAUUUUGUCAACCAGCAUGUUUUUUUGAUUUACAUUGAGACAGCUCAAAACUCCCAUGAGGAAUGCAACGAAUUUGCGGACCUUUUGUUUUGAAGACUAUCAUUAUGCCUUUCAAGAGAAUCUUUGACCUGUGACACUCGCUCAUUAGAUCUUUGUAUUUUAUUUGAGUUUAUAUUUUUAUACCUGUGAUACAUUCCGCCCCAUUCUUGCGCUUUUCACAUAUUUUUCACAUAUUAUCCCUGAUGACGCUGUUGCUCGGAACUUAAUUAUUAUUUUUGAUUUCAGCAGUCAAAGGCCUCAUUUGAACUAUAUUUUUCUUUCUACCGUUUAUAGUUUUGAUACAAUGGAAUAGGCCAUUUUACAGUUAUGGAUGGAAGCGAGGCUGACGGUGACCUUGUUUUGGUACAAACCUUCCUGCUUUAUUAUGUAAAUCAAGUUAUUCUUAUGCUAACUAGUAUUUUUCAGGGACAAUUUCCAUAACAAAGCAAGGGAGGUUUGUAUCAAAACAAGGUCACCGUCAGCCUCACGUUCACUCUAGGGCUAGGGUACUAAGUCCACAACUGUAAAAUGGUCUAUUUUCCCUGAAACAUAAGUGCUAACUUGCUCAUAUUUACCAACAAAGCUUCAAGCUAUGUUGUUAUUGUUUGAUAAAAGUGAAAUCCUAGAGUGUGCCAAAGUUGUUGUUUUGAAGUUGGGUGCCAUCCUUUUCUAUAGCGGAAUCCAUUGUAAACCUCUAAAAUUUUAAAAAAAAAAAAAAAAAAAAAAAAAAAUAUAUAUAUAUAUAUAUAUAUAUAUAUAUCGCAAAGAUCUGAAUAGGCACAUUCCACAAAAGAUAAACGAAUUCGCCUCGUUGUCACCUGCCGGAACGUACCCCUAGUUUAUUUGGUUAUAUAAUUGUCUGUUUAUCUCAUUUUUUUUCAGCUGCUCGUGUGGAUCACGGUCACCACGCUGGAAAAGCAGUACGUGCGAUAAAUGACGCUGUUGCCAUGGCAAAAGCCGUUGAGAAGGCCGUCAGUAUGAUCAGUAAGGGUAGGUUGACAUGAUACCUUCAAGAUCAUAUUUAAUGUUGGUUUUGUCGUUUUGCUUCUACGGCUGCUUUAUGAAAACGUGAGCAUUCACGAAUGUGAACAAACUUUCCAUUUUUUAAUUAAUCGGUCGGUUAUUGUCAAGGUUGUUAUAGAAACAUGAAUUUCUUUUACUUCACGACUCUUUUAAAGCUACUUUUACUUUGUUUUGUUUUAGGUAGUUUAUUUGUCAAUACAGAUCAUAUUAGUUAUUUUUGCGUUAUGUUUUGAUUCUUGUUUAUCUGCUUGCUCGCUAAUCUCUAAAGAAGUAUAGUUUACUCCUUUUUUGCGCAGGGAUCUCAUUAAGUUAGGCAUGAAUACAUCAAGCUCGCGCACCUCAAAAUAGUACGUAGCGGGUUAAACAGCUUAAACCACCUAAAAAAGCACAAGACUUUACCUUAAUCAAGUUCCAAUGCACUUUGCUUAUGAGAUAUAGACCUACGACUAUAAUCAUCAGCGUUUAUUUAUCCCUUAGGAGGUUAAUGAGAUUCCUGCGCAAAAAAGAUAACAACUGGUUCCUACUUGUCCCUAACCAAAUAACGUCUACGUGUUAGUUGUUGGCGAGUUUUAAAACUAGAUCAUUUCCCUCACACAGAUGACACGCUCAUCAUUGCAACCGCUGACCACUCACACGUAUUCACUGUUGGUGGCUACCCAAAACGAGGAAAUCCGAUCUUUGGUCUUGUAACGGACAUUUACGAUAACAAACCGCACCUCGGCAGUGAUGAAAAACCAUACACCACUCUAGGAUAUGCCAACGGACUUGGAGGGGUUAAUGGUAGCAGAGAAAAUCUCACAGGGGUUGAUACAACUGACAAAGACUUCCUUCAACAAGCGACGGUAAUGAGGUACAAGGAAACUCAUGGAACUGAAGACGUAGGUAAGUCAGUUUAGUGGUCUUAAACUCCUAUUAAAUUUCUAGGAAACUGAGCAAAAAAAAAAGGUCAAAUAACGUUUCAUAUAUUAGUUUGACAGGGGCAAAUUCGAAAAACAUCAUUGCUAUCUUGAAUUAGAUUUAUGAAUUUCCUUGCAAUGGUUUACCCUUUCAAGUAAAUAUAAGUGUUUAAACGAGAGCUUCGCUCUUAGGCUUCGCUACAUGUAAAUCACUUUCUUAGUAUAAACAGUGCUGGCAAUCAUAACAAAGAGGACAUUAAAAAGUUACCUUAAUUUCUGUUGGAAACGUCUGUACACGAAUACUUUCGCUUUACUUGACAGCCGUGUAUUUUGUCCUUGUACCUGAAAAUCAUUUCCACAAAUAGGGCUAUAUCUUUUUAAAACUUCCUUGUUUAUACAAGCUGUUUGUUUGUUUCGUGAGUUCAGCCAGUACCGUUUUUAGGCAAAAAGAGUCGAUGCGAAAUAUUUAUUGCCACUCGAUUCUUGAUCUUGAAUUUAAGUUACUUCGUCAAGUGUUGUAUUCCCCUUCCCCGGAAUACAGUUCAAGGUAUCCGGAAUCCUACUAACGAUUAAAAUCCAACGCAAAGACUGGAAUCAAGUAUCUGGAAUCUGGAAUCCAUGGCGUGGAGUCCAGAGUCCAAGACUGUCUUGGAUUCCCUUACAUAAGGCGCAAUGGUUAAUAAACAAUAAGUCUUCAUGACCUUUAAAGCUUGAAGAGAAAUGGUGAGCACAAUGCAGAAUUAUAAUUCUUUCUUUAGUUAGCAGUUUUCUUUGUUUCAUCUGGUCAUUGAAGUCUUACCUAAUUUUCCGUUGCGCUACUUCAGGUAUAUACGCGGACGGUCCUGGAGCCUACUUAUUUCAUGGUGUUGUGGAACAGCAGUACAUCUUCCACGUGAUGGACCACGCCUUGUGUUUAAGUGACAGCAAAAAAGAGACAUGUGAUAAGCACGUGACAAGGGGAGGUCCAGUCAAAAGUGAUUCUAGUAAAACUCAAGUCCUUAAGACAAAAUGUCUGAUUUUGACAUUUGCGUUGGUGUUAAUGUUUUUCUAAGGAAAUUGCCACCUGUUUGUUUUAACCCUUCAGUUGCUCAUUUUUUAUUUCUACACUACAGUUUCAUUACUUUUAUUACAAAUUAACAUAUGAUCAUGAUAGCAUAGAAAGCGACCAAUUAUAGCGGCUACGUAUCAGCUCUAGGUAAGCCAAGGCAAGUUUGUAAUACGUACUUUGAAGUGUACGUUCUGUCUGUUAAUAUGCAUAGCCUAUAGCAAUAACAAUUGCAUGUAUGCAAAUUGAGGAGUAUAAUUGGCGUGACUAUUCUGCUAUACUCUCUUUAUACUUUACAGAGCGUACUAACCAUUACAAAAAUAGCUUUGCCUAUAGUGGUGCAGUCCUCUGGAACAGUCUAACCUCAGCUGCUAGGCAAGCAACAUCUCUGACUGAUUUCCGACGAUUCUUAAUUAAUUCAGACACGGCAUUCAUGUAAAACAGGCUUUAAUUUAGUUUACUUUUCCUUAAUAGUUAGCAA